AUGCCUCGAUAUCUCGUCAGACCUACUUCCUACCCUAUAGAUAUCAAGUCAUCCUCCAACUCGAUUAAGAUCAUUGAUUUUGGUCAAUCUUUCUUACACGACGAGUGUCCUGGCGCCCUGCGUACUCCGCUUCCCGUUCGCGCCCCGGAGAUUAUCUUCAAAGAUAAGGUGGAUUAUCGUGUGGAUCUUUGGAGUAUGGGCUGUUUGCUUUUCGAGCUCAUUGUCGGACAGCCGCCGUUUGACAGCUUCAUGACAACGCCUGCAAGUCUUGUGCGUGAGAUGCUUGAGACAGUCAGCGACGAUUUGCCGGAUCGAUGGAAAAUGGAUUGGCAUGUCAUGGAAAAGACAUUGGAUGAGAGCGAUCCCACUAGCUCACUUCAAGAAUGGUUGGAGGAAAUGUACUUUGAUGGGGAGAGGCGCGAGGAUAUGAGCCGAGAAGACAUUUUGCGAGUCGGCGCACUCAUCGGAAGCAUGCUACGAAUGGAGCCGUCCGCGAGGGCAUCAGCAAAGGAUGUUGUCCAGGAUGCUUGGUUCCAGGGAUAA